AUGGCCCGAGCGCCCACCCUGGCCCUGCUCCUGCUGGGGCAGCUCCUGGCCGCCGCCGCGGCGCAGAAAGCAGGACCUCGAGGCCCUCCUGGCCCCCAAGGGCCACCUGGAAAGCCGGGCAAGGAUGGCAUCGAUGGAGAAGCUGGUCCUCCAGGUCUGCCUGGGCCCCCGGGACCAAAAGGGACCCCAGGCAAGCCAGGGAAGCCAGGAGAGGCAGGUCUGCCGGGACUGCCUGGUGUGGACGGUCUGACUGGGCGGGAUGGACCCCCUGGACCCAAAGGUGCCCCUGGAGAACGGGGAAGUCUAGGACCUCCGGGGCCACCCGGGCUGGGGGGCAAAGGCCUCCCUGGACCCCCCGGAGAGGCGGGAGUGAGCGGCCUCCCAGGUGGCAUCGGCCUCCGUGGUCCCCCGGGACCCUCUGGACUCCCAGGCCUGCCUGGCCCCCCAGGACCUCCUGGACCUCCCGGACACCCUGGGGUCCUCCCCGAAGGUGCUACAGAUCUGCAGUGCCCUGCCAUCUGCCCACCAGGUCCCCCAGGUCCCCCAGGAAUGCCAGGGUUCAAGGGGCCCACGGGCUACAAAGGGGAGCAGGGAGAAGUCGGCAAGGAUGGUGAGAAGGGUGACCCUGGCCCCCCUGGUCCUGCUGGCAUCCCAGGCACCGUGGGGCUGCAGGGUCCCCGAGGAUUGCCAGGACUUCCAGGGCCACUUGGGCCCCCUGGGGACCGGGGUCCCAUUGGGUUCCGAGGCCCCCCUGGGGUUCCGGGAGCACCUGGGAAAGUGGGUGACAGAGGCGAGAGGGGCCCAGAAGGUUUCCGUGGCCCCAAAGGUGACCUUGGCAGACCCGGUCCCACAGGGAUCCCUGGAAUGGCGGGGCCAGCUGGCGAGCCGGGCAUGCCAGGCAAGGAUGGCCGGGACGGGGUGCCAGGACUCGACGGCGAGAAGGGGGAGGCUGGCCGCAGCGGAGCCCCAGGAGAGAAGGGUCCCAACGGGCUGCCGGGCCUCCCUGGACGCGCCGGCGCCAAGGGCGAGAAGGGAGAACCGGGUAGAGCUGGGGAACUGGGUGAGGCUGGCCCCUCCGGAGAGCCAGGAGUCCCUGGAGAUGUUGGCGUGCCUGGGGAGCGUGGUGAGGCUGGUCACAGGGGCUCAGUGGGGGCUCUUGGCCCACAGGGCCCUCCGGGAGCCCCUGGUGUGCGAGGCUUCCAGGGCCGGAAGGGCAGCAUGGGAGACCCCGGCCUUCCAGGUCCCCAGGGUCUCCGAGGCGAUGUGGGUGACCGGGGCCCAGGAGGUGCCACAGGCCCUAAGGGAGACCAGGGCAUUGCGGGUUCCGAUGGCCUUCCUGGGGACAAAGGCGAGCUGGGUCCCAGCGGCCCCCUUGGACCUAAAGGAGAGGCUGGGGAUCGAGGGGAGCUGGGCCCCAAAGGCAUCCAAGGACCCAACGGCACGAGCGGAGUCCAGGGCGUCCCUGGGCCCCCAGGUCCUCUCGGCUUCCAGGGCGUGCAGGGUGUCCCCGGCAUCACCGGGAAGCCUGGAGUUCCGGGGAAAGAAGCCAGUGAGCAACGCAUCAGAGAGCUGUGUGGGGGAAUGAUAAGCGAGCAAAUCGCACAGUUAGCAGCGCACCUGAGGAAGCCUUUAGCACCAGGCUCCAUCGGGCGACCUGGUCCAGCCGGCCCCCCAGGGCCCCCAGGUCCUCCUGGCUCCAUCGGCCACCCUGGUGCUCGAGGACCCCCUGGAUAUCGUGGUCCCACUGGGGAGCUGGGAGACCCUGGACCCAGAGGAAGCCAGGGUGACAGAGGAGACAAGGGUGCAGCAGGUGCAGGGCUGGACGGGCCUGCCGGAGACCAGGGGCUCCAAGGGCCACAGGGUGUGCCUGGCAUCAGCAAAGACGGCCGAGAUGGUGCUCAUGGCGAGCCUGGGCUUCCUGGUGAUCCGGGCCUUCCUGGCGCAGUCGGGGCUCAGGGGACUCCAGGGAUCUGUGACACCUCAGCCUGUCAAGGAGCCAUGAUGGGAGGGGGCGGAGAAAAGUCAGGUGCCCGGAGCUCGUGAAGGAGAACUUGAGGAAACCAG